AUGUCUGACAAAAAAACGUCAGCUACUGCUACAUCAGCUACUAAAAAAGCUUCGGUUGCCAAUAAAAAGUCAGUUACAGCAACUCCAGCUCCACCAAAAGCAGAGAAGGCUGAAUUAACUAAAAAACCGGCAACAGCUACAGCUACAUCACCACCACCAACAACAACACCAGCUCCAGCUAAACCAAAGGCAACAACACCAAGUGCUAAAUCAACAUCAUCAUUAGCUAAAACAUCAACAAAAGUUACGAAAAAAACAACAACACCAUCAAAAGGUGCAAAAAGUGGUGCUAAAAAGAAAGCCAAGGCAAUUAAAUACUAUAUCGAUUGUACACAUCCAGUUGAAGAUGGUAUUUUUGAUCUUAAUGCAUUUGAACGGUUUUUAGUUGAAAAAAUGAAGAUUAAUGGUAAAACAUCAAAUUUAGCUGGUAAUGUUGCUAUUGAAAAAUCGAAAGCCAAAAUUUCAGUAACAUCUGAAAUACCACUUUCAAAACGAUAUAUGAAAUAUUUAACAAAAAAAUUUUUAAAAAAACAUGAACUUCGAGAUUGGUUACGUGUUAUUGCUAAUUCCAAAGAUUCUUAUGAAUUACGUUACUUUAAUAUCAAUCAAGAAGAAAAUGAAGGCGAAGGUGAAGCCUAA